GUCAUUUUAAAGUCUCAGGGAGAGAAAGCCAGCAAAAGGUCUAUUUUGUGAAGUUGAUUGCUCAGAAAGCUCAUACAAUUUGCAAUGGAAGAGCGAUUCCAUCUGGAUUGGGGAGAAUAAUGGGUUGGCUUCAGAUCUUAUUAGGAACCCUUGUCAUAUUUGUAAGCAUAUCUAGUCUUUACACAUUCUAUUCUGCUGGGUUUUUCCUGCAUAAAGAAGAUAUUUGCCACCACUUUUAUGGCGUCCAGGAUGUUUAUGAUGGAUUUGAUAUAAGAUCACUGUCGGAAAGAGUUGAGGAAGUACUGAACAAGAUGGAAAAUUUGCAAGAAAAACUUGAGAAAACUGUGCAACAGAUGGAGAAGAACAAAGGGGAACUACAGAGAACCACUAUACCAGGUUUGGAGUAUAAGAAAUUUUUGGAGGAAGAGGUGAUCAGGCCUCUUUACAUUGCUCACAUUUCUCUUAGACAGAUUCGUUUGCCUAAGUUUGAAGGAAUUGGAAACUCAACGAUGAAGGAGGAGCCUUUGAUUAAUGCAUUUCUGACCGAAGAAAUCCGGAAGUAUAUAACCCCAAAAGACAACAGAUUCGAGAAGGUUAAUAUAUAUGGAACUGAGAAGAUACACAACACAAUAGGGCACACAUGUGUGUUGAUGAAGAAAGAAUUGGAGGAGUACAUGGACUAUGAUAUAGGAUCAUACUGCAAAGACGAUUGGAACUUGGCCCAGAAACUCAUGGUUUAUGGUUGUGAUCCUUUGCCACGAAGGCGGUGCUUGACAAGAGCCUCUAAGGUGUACCAAAAACCCUAUCCCAUCAAUGAGUCUCUAUGGAAGUUACCAGAUGACAGAAAUGUGAGAUGGAGCAACUAUCAAUGCAGGGACUUUGCGUGUUUGUCGAGCAAGAAUCUCAAAAGAGGUUUUUCCAAGUGCACAGGGUGUUUUGAGAUGGAGAAGGAGCAGUUGAAAUGGGUGAAUAAUAGCUCACUCCCUGUAGAUUUCCUAAUCAAGGAUAUUCUAGCUAUUAAGCCCGGGGAGAUCAGGAUUGGCAUAGAUUUCGGUGUUGGUACUGGGACAUUUGCUGCCCGGAUGAGAGAACUUAAUGUCACAAUCAUCUCCACUGCCUUGAAUCUUGGUGCUCCUUUUAGUGAAACAAUUGCUCUCAGAGGUUUGAUCCCUCUGUAUGCAACCUUGAACCAACGCCUUCCAUUCUUUGAUAACACAAUGGAUUUGAUUCAUACUACCGGGUUCAUGGAUGGCUGGAUUGAUUUUAUGUUGAUGGAUUUCAUCCUGUUUGAUUGGGACAGGAUUUUGAGGGCAGGAGGGUUGCUGUGGAUCGACCGGUUCUUCUGUCAAAAAAAAGAUCUGGAUGACUACAUGUACAUGUUUCUGCAGUUCAGGUACAAGAAACACAAGUGGGCUAUUGCUCCCAAAUCCAAGGAUGUAGUCUUUCUCUCUGCAGUGUUGGAGAAACCUCCCAGAGGUAUAUGAUUAUCCCAUGUUUCUUUCUUUCUUUUUGUGAAAGUAUUGAUCUAAGCUUCUCUAACCCAGUUGUAUCUUCUGGUACUAUUGCUUAUGCGCAACACAGAUAUUCAUUUAAAUGUAAUAGUGAAUCUUUUCUCUGAUUUGUAAUUUGUAUGCAAAAUAAAAACCACAAUCAAGA